UUGGUGCAGUAUUGGAACUGUUGUCUCUUGGCGAAGGACAACAAACAAAGUGAUGGAGGACGGUACACGCACCCUUAUUUAGCGCAUUAGUCACUCCCACGCCUCUCUCCUUCGACCCACACUCCUUCAACAUGGCUUAAACUCUUCCUUAGGGCGGCAAGGAUCCGAGGAAUACUUCAGGAGGGCAGCAGUGGUGGUGGCAGUGGCAGCAGCAGCAGCAGCAGCCAUGGGGGGACUGUCAGCCAGCAGUGAUGGAUGAGCUGGGUGUGGAGGGGCCAGAAUACACCUGCGACUGGUUCACGUGUGGGCUGUGUGGGCUGAGGACGUCCACUAUUGAGGGUUACGUCAGUCACAUGAUCGUGCAGGAGAGGUGUGUCCUUCACCUCUGUCCUUCUGCUGCUGUGAGGGACCUGCUGCUGCCCAGAUUUUCAAAACGGAGGAGGAGGAGGAGGAGGAAGAGUCUGGGAGAAGAAGAGUUAACAGAAGCAACAGAAGAUGUGAAGGAGACCAGCAGAGGAGGAGGAGGAGGAGGAGGGACAGAGGAGGAGGAGGAGCAGAAGGAGGAGGAGGCCAAGAUGGAGGUGGAGGCGGAGGAGGUGGAGAUGGGGGACGUGAGGAGAUGGAAGUGCAGGGUGUGUUGUUUGACCUUCUCCCGUCAAGCUGCUAUACUUAACCAUUUCAAGCUGCAGCACAGGGUUGGCGGCACCAUGGGGGGGAGCGACGCGGACCCCAGGGAGGCGCAGGUGAAGGAGGAGGAGGUCCCAGCACCCAUCAGACACAUUAUUACAGUGGGAACAAAAGUGGAGACAGGAACACUCCCAAAGGACACCACACAGCCUGUCAAAUCUUGGAGUGAAUUCAGCUGUCAGAUUUGCAGCCAGUUGUUUAAGACGGGUAAGAUUCUGCGCACACACAUGGCAGUGGUGCACAGCGAACGUCGGGCCUUCCAGUGUGACUUCCAGGGGUGCUCCUUCUCUUUCAAGACCAAGGGCUCCCUGAAGAGACACCAGAGGAGACACACAGGAGAGCGCCCCUUUGCCUGCCAGCGGUGUGGACGUUGCUUCCGAGAGUCUGGCUCCUUGACACGGCACCUCCAGUCUCAGGGGUCGUGUGUCAGCAAGUUGGACACUCAAAUCCCUCUUUAUGGCAGAACCCUUCCUUUCAACCCUCCGCAAGCUGAUAGGAAGCCAAGUGUUCCCCCAGACAUUAAGCUGGGUCUGAAACAGGAGCUGGUGGGUGUGGAGGAGGCAGCACCUUCCACCCACCUGCUGCUGGCACUGCCCCCUGCUCCUCCUGGGACCCUGGAUGAAAAUAAGGCAUUGCUGAGGUGCCAAAUCGCUUCCGCUGCUGCAGGGAACCACUUAGUGAAGGUGGAGGAGAGUGGAGGGCACCCAAGUCACCCUCUGUCAGUGUGCAAGAUUGAACCACCACCACCACCACCCUCCACCUCUCCACCUCCUUCUUCAGCACUUGAUAAAACUGAUGGGGGUGAGGGGGGUGAAGAGGAGGACGUGAAGCCCCCCCACCUCCUGCCGGACAUCUUGAGGAAGUCCUUCACCUGUCCAGUGUGCCUCAGGUCAUAUUCAAGGCAGACGUCCCUCGCCCUCCACAUCAAGCAGCACUUGGAUGACCUUGGUGACCAGUGCAGCGAAUGCCAUUGUCACUUCGCCACGCGGCAGGCACUGGGGCGGCACCUCUCGGCACACUCCUCCCUGCGCCAGUUUGAGUGCCAAAUCUGCGGCAAAACCUUCAAGUUAUUAGGCCACGCGCGGGCACACCUGACGGCACACUCUAGCGCCAAGACAGUGCCAUGUCGAUACUGCCCCAACCUGUACAAGACUAAGAGUGCCCGCAAUGCACACGAGCGUACACACAGCAGUGCCCCGGCCUUCCCCUGCUCCGAGUGCCAGCGAGCCUUCACCACCAAGGCGUCCCUGCUGCGGCACCUCAGGACACACACCGGCGAGGCACCCUUCUCCUGUCGCUUCUGUGGGAGGCACUUCAAGGAACAUGGCACUCUUAGUCGGCACCUGCGACACAAAGUGCCAUGUUGCCGCCAAGCCAGGCUGAACAAGGAGGUGGGGGACACUGGCAUCUACCUGGCACCAAGCAGCAGCAGUGGCACCAUCAAGGACGAGGGAAACACAGCGAAAAGUGAUGAGGAUGUACCUGACGUUGAUACAGACCAGAUGUCCGAGGGAGGCAGCAGCAGCAGCAUCAGGGAGAGGGAAGAUGGGGAGGGGGAGUGGGAGGAGCAGUCUGGGGGGGAGGGGGAGGCCACAAACACCCCAGGAAGAUUUGUAUUGGUGCAAGAAGGUUCCCCAACAUUCCCUCCCUCCUUCUGUCUCCGUCUGAAUGCCACGACCCCAGGCACCAGUGUGGAGAGGAGGGACCAGGCCAUCUCCUUGUGACCCCCAGUGUUGACCUAGCAUGACCUGUGGGGCCGCAGCAGGCGAGGAGUGUGACCUUGUGUUGGGCAGCCACAGUGACGCCUUUGACAUGUAAAAGAAAUGAAUUAAUCUCAAAUUUUCAUGUUUAAUAUAAGUGACAGUAUGAG